UAUCCAAAUGUCUUGUUGCCUUAAUAAACUGACUCUGACGUCUUCUUGUGUAGUUCCUUGAUGGCCUCCCUCAAUAUCAGUACUCUAGUGCUCCUCUGCUGGUCAAUCCUUUCCUCAGAGAUGUUGAUGCCGAGGUGUAGGGGGAAGAGAGGAUGGGAGGAGUCGUCUGUCUCCCCUGUAUCCACUCUGAGUAUAUCCCUCCUCCUCACCUUGUUCCAGCCUGCACUCACUCCUUGGUACGGUGUGAUGGAGUCACGAGGCUUCAGAAUUAGCCUGAGGAUAAUUAUACGCAACAGAGCCGUACACAAUGUCAUGCAAAGAGUAGCUAAACAAGCAGAGAUCUGAACACUUUGUUUAUCUCACAAGGAGGUAUAGCUCUAGUAUUGAAAAGGACCAUUACAUACAUGUACAGCUGCAACACACACACACACACAUGCAUAAUUACCAGGGACUCACUCUAUAAUGAGGUUCCUUGCUUUCGUCUGGACCUGACUGUUUGGCUACAGGCCAUUAUUUUAAGACGAUCAGUAUACACUAGUAACUGUGAACACCCCUUUCUUGUGAAACAAUCAAAGCACAUUGCAAAUUAUUUACCUCUUCUAUAACACUCUAAUACUUUUGAGCGAAAGCAAAAACAUGGCGAGAGGCAUUAGCAAGCGCAUGCUUGCAACACUCGUUGUUUGGGAGACUCUUUCAACUGCCAUAACUUGAAUUCUGUGGAUCCAAUUGCAAUCAUUUUUUGAUUUUCCGAAAGCUUAGAAAGAGACCUUUCAAAUGGUGUGAUCAAAGUUCAUAUUGCAGCAAUAAAAUUAUUUCAAUUUGGCCAUACCAGGCCGAAAAAUGACAAAUUAGGCCCCCAACAAAAUUUCGGAUUGAAACCCACUAUUUGAAAGGUCUCUUUCUAAGCUUUUAGAAAAUCAUAACAUUUUUGACAUUGGAUCAACGGUAUUAAAAUUAUGUCCGUUGAAAAAUCAGGUCUGUUUUUAGAGCUGUCUCAGAGGUCAUAUUUUGUGUUGUUAUUCACAAACUAAUACCAUAUUGUGUUGCCCAGGUGAACACCAAGGCAGCUGGUAAGGCGGCCAUCCACUGUGCCUGUGCAGCUGGUAAUGUGGACGUGCUCAAGGUUAUCAUGGAGUUCGCCCCCAAUGUGGAAAGUGGGGUUGGUGUGAAGUUCCAUGGUAGUCUGAGAUCACCUGCCCCCCUAUACUGCCACAGGGCACACAGAGAGGUGGUGAGCCAGUCUGAGAUCACCUGCCCCCCUAUAUACUGCCACAGGGCACACAUGCCACCCACCACCCUCCCACAGCCUCUCUACCAGUUGGGAGCCACUGGCGGUGGUAGUGUGGGUGUGGCCAUUGAGCCGUGCUUCCUGUGUGAGGCUCCAGUGGACGUCAAGUUUAAGCCAUGUGGUCACGUUGUCAUGUGUGCAGAAUGUGCACAGAGAGCCAAGAAAUGCCCCAUUUGCAAACCCCCGUCUCGGCCACCAGUGUCCAUCUGCUGACCAGUCCUGCUUUGAAUCUAUUUGUCUGACAAAGCCUAAGAAUACAGCCUUCCUGUGUGGUCACCAGACAUGCUGGGACUGUGCACAGAAGGUCGACCAUUGUCCAGUGUGCAGAAAGUUUUUUGUGACUCA